UCAUUAUUCUUAUGAUUCCAGAGCAACAGCGAUAUUGAGGAAAAGCCGGUGAUUGAGUUCUUCGUCAGCCACAAUCUCUCUAGUUUCCCUACAAAGCAUGAAACUUUAGACCCUUUUCUCAUAUGGGGUGUCUAGUUUUGCCAAUAUACACACUUCUAGCUGCGAAAAACACAGCUCCGCUGCACACACAGUAAUGGCUGUGAAUAUGAUUAGGAAGAGCCAGUGAUGCCUAUAAGUUUCCCACAAAGUUUUUAACUUUAGACCCUUUUCUCACAUGGGUGUCUCUAGUUUUACCAAAGAAAACAAUAUACACACUUCUAGCAGCCAAAACAAAGCUCUGCUGAACCUACAGUAAUGUGUUUUAGUUCUUUAUCAGCCAAAAUUUCUCUGAUUUCACACCGAGUAUCAAAAUUUAGAGCCUUUUCUCACAUGGGGUUCUCUAGUUUUGCCAGAGAAAGGAAUACAUGCAAUUCUCGUAGCCUAAAUGAAGCACUGCAGAACAUACAUACCGCUGGUGCAGAAAUGGAGAAGAGCAUAUACACACUUCUCACUAUAGACCGUUGGGAGUCACUGAACCACAUGGAAUAUAGGUUGGCUUCACUUAGACCAGUUCAUGGGAGGCUGGCCUUGAAAUUCCUCAACUGGGUUAUCAAGCAACCUGGUUUGGAACUCAAUCAUCUUACCCAUAUACUUUGCAUUACAACCCAUGUACUUGUUAGAGCUAGAAUGUAUGACUCUGCCAAAUCAAUUUUGAGGCACUUAUCACAAAUGGGUAUUGGGACUAAUUCAGUUUUUGGUGCUGUUAUGGACACUUACCCUCUUUGUAAUUCAAAUCCUGCAGUUUUUGACCUUCUAAUUAGGGUUUAUAUUAGAGAAAGGAUGGUUAGAGAUGCUGUAGAAACUUUCUAUUUGAUGGGGUUUCGGGGAUUUAGGCCGUCGGUUUUCACGUGUAAUAUGAUUCUAGCUUCAAUGGUGAAAGAUAGGAGAGCCGGGAUGGUUUGGUCUUUUUUCAAGGAAAUGCUUGGAAGGAAGGUUUGUCCUAAUGUUGCUACUUUUAAUAUAUUGAUAAAUGCCUUAUGUGUGGACGGGAAGCUAAAGAAAGCCAGUUAUCUGUUAAGAAAGAUGGAAGAUAGUGGUUAUAUUCCAACUAUAGUUACUUAUAAUACUUUGCUCAAUUGGUAUUGCAAGAAGGGACGAUACAAAGCGGCAUUUGAGCUCAUUGACUAUAUGGGAUCUAAGGGUAUUGAAGCAGAUGUUUGUACAUAUAAUAUGUUUAUUGAUGAUUUGUGUAGAAACAGCAGGAGUGCGAAAGGUUAUUUACUGCUAAAAAAGAUGAGGAAAAAGAUGGUAUUUCCUAAUGAAGUGACUUAUAAUACUCUGAUUAAUGGGUUUGUUAAGGAGGGAAAGAUUGGAGUUGCUACUCGGCUUUUGGAUGAGAUGACACUACUUAAUCUUUCACUGAACUGUAUUACUUACAAUUCUUUGGUUGAUGGGCACUGUAAAAAGGGUAGUUUUGAGGAAGCAUUUAGACUUUUGGAUAUGAUGGAAGCAGAGGGAUUGCAGCCUAAUGAUGUCAGUUAUGGGACUCUUUUAAAUGGGCUGUGCAAGCAUGCCAAUUUUGAAUUAGCAAGAAGUGUUCUAGAGAGAAUGAGGAUGAAGGGGAUGGAGGUUAAUUGUAUUUCUUACACUGCAAUGAUUGAUGGAUUAUGCAAAAAUGGGUUGCUUAAUGAAGCUGUGCAGUUGCUCAAUAAGAUGUCUACGGAAUGUGUCAAUCCUGAUGUUUUUACAUUUUCAGUGCUCAUAAAUGGAUUUUGCAGAGUGGGGAAGAUAAAAAAUGCAAAGGAGAUAUUAUGUAAAAUUUAUAAAGCUGGACUUCUACCAAACAAUAUCAUAUACUCAACAUUAGUCUAUAAUUUUUGCAAGAUGGGAAAUAUUACAGAGGCAUUGAGAGUCUAUGCAGCUAUGAAUAUCAAUGGCUGUGAUGUGGACCAUUUCACAUGUAACAUGUUGGUUACUUCUUUAUGUGGGGUUGGAAAAGUUGUAGAGGCAGAAGAUUUUAUGCAUCACAUGAGUAGGGUAGGCCUUGGUCCUAACUCUGUCACUUUUGAUUGUAUCAUAGAUGGCUAUGGAAAUUUGGGUGACGGGUUAAAAGCAUUUUCUAUUUUUGAUGAAAUGAAUAGAUUAGGUCAUCACCCAAGUCCUUUUACAUAUGGGAGUUUACUGAAAGGACUAUGCAAGGGGGGAAAUCUGGGGGAGGCAAAGAAAUUUUUGAAUAAACUCUACCACAUUCCUUCUGCUGUAGAUACUGUUCUCUACAAUACAAUACUUGCUGAGACAUGUAAAUUGGGGAAUUUGCAGGCGGCAGUGGUCCUUCUUGAUGAGAUGGUCCAGAAUGGUGUGCUGCCCGAUAGUUAUACUUACACUAUUAUUCUUUCUGGGUUAUGCAGGAAAGGAAAAUUGGUUGCUGCUAUCUUGUUGUUGGGGAAAUUGAUGGAAAAAGAAACUUUAUCACCAAAUAUGGUAUCAUAUACCUGUUUGGUUGAUGGCCUUUUUAAGGUCGGGCAAUCAAAGGCAGCAUUGUAUCUUUAUGAAGAGAUGGAGAACAAAGGCCUGAACCCUGACACUAUUGCACUUAAUGCAAUUUUAGAUGGAUACUCAAGGAUGGGGAAACUGGUGCAAGCAAAUAAUCUUUAUUCUACUAUGAGGAGCAAAAGUUUGUGUCCUACCUUGGCUACAUAUAAUAUUCUCUUGCAUGGGUAUUCAAAGAAACAUAUUUUGGUAGCAUGCUCUAGGUUGUUCAGUAUUAUGAUGAGGACAGGUUUUCUGCCUGACAAAUUAACUUGGCAUUCUCUUAUUUUUGGACUUUGUGAGUCUGGCAUGUUGGAUGUUGGUAUCAAAAUGCUGAAAAAAAUGACAAUGGAAGGUGUUAUAGCUGAUCAGUUUACAUUUAACAUGCUUAUUGCCAAGUGUUGUGAAACUGGAGAGAUGUCAAAGGCCUUUGAUCUGGUUAAUAUUAUGAAUUAUUUUGGCGUAUGUUCAGAUGUAAAUACCCAAAAUGCCAUCUUAAAUGGACUGGUUAGAACUUCAUCUUUCCGGGAAUCUCAUAUUCUUUUGCAUGACAUGUUAGAAAAGGGUUUCAUUCCGAAGUGUACACAAUAUAUCACUCUAAUCAAUGGUAUGUGUAGAGUGGGAGAUAUUCAAGGAGCAUUCAAGCUGAAAGAUGAGAUGGAAGCACUGGGUAUCAGUUCCCGUGAUGUUGCUGAGAGUGCUAUGGUUAGAGGGCUUGCACGAGGUGGGAAAAUUGAAGAAGCCAUGCUGGUUUUUAAUUGCAUGCUUCAGAUGCGACUCAUUCCAACUACUGCAACUUUUACAUCUUUGAUGCACAUUUUGUGCAAGGAUGCAAACCUUAAGCAGGCUCUAAAGUUGAAGGGCAUUAUGGAGCAUUGUGGUCUGAAGCUUGAUGUUGCUGCUUAUAAUGUUCUCAUUUCAGGUCUUUGUGCUAAUGGUGAUGGUGUGGUUGCAUUUGAACUUUAUGAAGAGAUGAAACAAAUAGGUCUCUGGCCCAACACCACCACCUAUGCUGUUCUCAUUGAAGCCAUUUCAGCAGAAAAUAAUAUUGUCAAGGGUGAAAUGCUCUUGAGGGACUUGCAGGAAAGGGGAUGGAUAUCUUGGGAUUGGGAUGGAAGCACCCAACAAUUAAACGAGGGAUUGAUAAUUGCCAUGAAAAAAAUAAGUUCAUUGAGGAAAAAUAGAAGGAAGCCAAAAAUAAGUAGGAAAACAAUUUAAUUUGAUUGGGUUCACAAAACAUAAAUCCCUUCUUCUGGACUUCUGGCAGAUGAGACUGACAUUGGACUUCCUUUAUGAUGACAGUUGUGGUACUCAUGAACAGAUGAACUGCUACUUUUUUUAAAUAAUGUCCGUUAUCAUGUGGUUCAUAUGGAGGUGUUUGGAAGGGACACAGAUCUCGUCUGAAAAACAGAAAGAAUAACGACUACAUGGUUUUUAUUCCUCGUUAUUCACUUUUUGAGUUUGACCGAGAGAUGGGCUUUCAGGAGCAAUAACAAAAGGAUAUCUCGGUAUCUGAUCUUCUACUUGGAAAUUCAUCCGCUGACCUCAUGGUUGCCAAAGAAGCCCCAAGAAGCAUCAAACAUUUCCAAUGAGACCCAUGGAGCAAUUCUUAGAUAGCAAGCACUAGCUCCCGGGAAGCAUAAAGAUUGAUCAAUGUCCAUAUUGCAAACCCAACAAAAAAACCACCACAACACCACAGCAGCCACGAUGUGGUUCAACCACGAACCCAAUGAUGGAGACGGCCUUCUGGGCAUGUCAGCUAGCUGCCUGUCAGAUAUUCAACUACUCACUUGUCUGCUUCCAAUUUGAAAAGUCAUGCCACUUUUUCGGGGAGCCUCUGAAUGUGUCCUUCCUUCUCAAUGCCCAUGCAUCCAAUGCUUGCAUUUCAAUCUUGUACCAAGGUGACACACACUGCGCUUCAUGCUUGGACAUCAUUGGAAUUACUAAACCCUGGGGUUGAUGGCAUGGAAGGUUUUACUCUUUGAUGUGUUGAUGCUGGGUUUUGAAGCGUAUAGACAAGAAGUAAGACAUUAGAUCAACAUUCUGAGCUGGUCUUGUUAUGCCAACAUGAGUUGCAUUGCAUUCAGUAAUAUGUUGCACUCAGAAAGCCUAAAACACAACAAUCAUUUUGUGAGCAAUGAAACUACAAAAGCUUUUGGUCAUAACAAUGCCAUGGAUGAUGAGCUGGAGUUUUAGUUUUCAAUGUGGGGGUAAUUUGCUGAUGGCCAGUUGGAGUAAGAGCUUUUGAAGAUACUCAGACACGAUAUGAUUAAACUUAUUUCCAAAGGAUAUUUAUCAGAUUUUAUGUGAAGAAAUGUGGAUUUGUUUCUCACAAAUACCGCCAAAAACAGAACUAGAAGAUGGAGCCUCACAGCAGGGGGUGUCUAGCAAUAAGGGCACAUCUCUUCACAUGCUGCUUGAGAGAAUCUUUUUUUUUUUUUUUUUUUUUGGUGGGGGGGGGGGGGGGGGAAUGGUCAGGAUUUUGAGUGAACUCUGUCAACUGGUCUACUGCUUGGAAGAUCAGGACAAAAAAUCAGUGGCACAUGGUGACCAAUAUGUCAUGAUUUUGGGAAGGCCAGAUUACUCAACAAUAAAGAAAGCAGCCCAACAAAGGUGGAUGAAGCUACUUGUUGUGAAAUAAGUUGGCCUGUGUGGGAACCAUAAUAGUAGUGGUGUGUCUAAAAUUUAUUAUAGUGUGCCUCAAUAUUUCUCUUUAAUCUGUACCCUAUAGUGGAGGCAUGAACUAGGCUGUCAUAAAAAUUUGUCGGGACUACCAUUUUACAAAAAUAUAAUGCAUUGUUAUUGCGUGGCAGACAGAAUCUAACAAUUUUAUCAGGGGUGGACUUACUUUUAUUGACUUCACAAUUAUAAUUUAUAGUAUAACCAUGAUUGGAGCUCC